AUGACUCCUAAACGUGAGUUAAUCAUUGAUCAAAAAUCUUAUAAUUCAAAGUUUUCAGCGAAAAAGGUGCCACGUCAUCAACAAGCUACUAUGAGCGUUCGAUUGCGCAACCGUUAGCUUUUUUUUAUUACCCUCAGACUGAGACUUGACGAGACUUCAAAAACUCUCAAACGAAAAAAUGCUAUUUUUCAGUUGAUUCCCCACAAAGGCGCGCAAUCGCCGAGCAGCAACAACACGGACGUGAAGUGCGAGGUUCGUUCAGUUUUUCAAUUAAAAACAGCAUUUUUGAACUUAAAAAAAGGCAAAGAUUUUUUUUCAGAUCGCCCCGCUACGAACAAUCGUGGAGGCGCAGCUGCCAACGCUCGUCGAGGCGCGCCUGCGAACGCUAGAGGGGGCGCGAUUGCGGCCCCAGCCCAGAGGAGACGUUCUCAACGGCUCGCGGCUGCAAGAAACCCUGAGAACGGUUUGUGCUGAGAGAGUAUUUGAAAAAAUGACCUAAGAAAGAAAAUAGCUUGUUUGAGAGCGAACCUCUGGCUGAUUUUUGAUCCUCGAAGUUCUUCCUUGAAAACUUUUCAAAGUUUCCAGGUUCACUUAGAAACAGGAGAUUUUGAAAUAAAAUUUUAAAAUUUCUCUUUGAAACGGAAGCUGAAGUAAGCAAAACUCUAAAUUCAGUUCUCGACGGCGGUCGGCCACCUGCCGGCGUUAACCGCAGGCCUGUCGGGGCUGCCAACGCAUCUGGGAGUGGACGUGGUGGCCAUGGAAAUCUUGUCAACCGUGGAGGUCGAGGUGGAGCUGCGGCGGGACAGCGCCGAUCUUCGGGAAGACAUCGCGCGUCUGCAGGAAGACAGCACCCAGUUCCUGAAGUCGAAGCAGGUCUGUGAUGAUUUUUUUAUUUUUCAGAUCCAGACAAGAAUAAUUUUUUUGGUCUUGAGGUAAAUGUUGAUAGACAAACAAUAAUCAUAAACAGAUAAUGAAUUCAAAAAAAUGCUCUACCGGCAGCUCUUUUUCAAAGUGUUGGCACCGGGAAAAAUUUCGCGAUUUUUCCCAGAAAUUUUUUUCAAAUAUUUUUUUGAAUUGUUAUUGAUAAAUUAUCAAAAAAAUUUUUGAAUUUCAGUUGCGAACAUUGAUGCGGACCUUCCGCCACCUGCCGAUGUUGGCGACGACGUCGGCAGGCCGGAGGCUCAAGUCGUGGAGAAACAGACCGAACCAGUUCCACCGACUGGCCAGGGUGAGUAAAAAAACUUUGACUUUCGAAAGUUGAGCACAAAAAUUAGAGCAAUGUUUCACUUUAACUGAGAGUUUUUCUUAAAAAAAUAUUCAGGUUCAGACUCAAAAAUUUCCCAGUAGUUCAGUCAUAUUUCCAAAGAAUGAGAAGUAAAAAUUCAAAACCUUUUUUUAUUCUAAUAUGAAAUAGGAGAAGCAAAUAACUCCAUGUUUUUUUCCAGAAUCUCUCCAAAUGCCGCUUCAACGCAACGAAGUAUCGGUCCAGACCGAAGAAGUCUUCCGUGAGCCCGAAGGCGCUGUGAGGGUGGUCAACGUGGUCGCAAAUGCGCCAGGUAAUUUUAUUUUUCCAGUGUUUUUGAGUUGUUUGAAGACAAAAACUUCACAAGUGAAAAAGAAAGUUUGUUUCCUCCAACGUUCAUUUUUUUUUCAGCCUUUCCUCCACCACGGGUCAUUUGGCUGAACCGCCAGCGGUACGUGCUUGACGAAGAAGAUUGGCCAAACUCGGCCAGCGUCCGCUCACCUGCCCCUCUGGUCGCCAGCGUCCGCUCACCCGCCCCUCUGGUAGCCAGCGUCGGCAGGCAGGGUGAUACCCGUGAGUUACUUGCUUUGCUUUUCGAGCUUGGAAAGUCUUUCACCUAAUAGCCGACGUAGGAUAUUCCAAUAUUCAUUCUCAGUUUUGCUCCGAUCAUUUCAAACCGAUUCUGGAUUCAGAGUCAACUAUGCGUACGACUACCAACACAUCGUCUUCUCUGCUCAGCAGCUCUUCACGUUUCACUACGUCCACCAAUUCUUCCCUUCUCACUUCGUCUUAUUCGAGCGGUUCGACGUUCACCUCAGGAUCGGAGACGACUUCUUCGUCGUUCGACCGCUCGGGAAGCGUUACUGCUCACUCAGACGCUCGAUAUCAGGGUGAGUGUUCGUUUUAUAACUUUUUAAUGAACGAGAAAAAAAUCUCAUUCAACCUGAAAAAAAUUUUUUUCAGAUCGAUUUUACGAGCCGCCAGCGUCUCCGCUCUUUCUCAUCAACUCCUUUGGUGGAACCUGUUGCAGCUCCGGUUGUUGAGCCGUCGCCAGUUCCGCUCUCUCAACAUCUCCACAUCAGUUAGUUUGUUUAAAAUCACAAGAAAGCUGUCUUGCAUCAUAUGAAUUCACUUUCAACCAGAUGCUCUGAAAGAAGUCAAUUUUUGAAUUGAAAAUUUCUUAUCAAUUUUUCAGGUUUGAAGGAUUUCUUCAGUUUCUCAAUGUUUGAUUUAGAACUCCUUCAGAUUUUUUUCAGUUGGAAGUUUUUUUUUCGCUCUAAUCGAGAACUUUUUCAGCGCACCGAGUUCCGCCAGACGAGCCGCAGCCGAUGCCUGAUUUCACAGAGUUCACGUCGGCUGAACGUCUCUACUUCCCGCCGAUGAUGAAUCGAGGUAAUCCUUUCUCUUUUGACUUAUAUUCAUAUCAAUUCUUCUGUGAAUCUGAAAGCUAAGAUCUUUUUCGUUUCAGUCGUUCAAGAAAAUGAUGAAGUUGGAGCGGCAGCGCAUGAGCACAUAACGGUUGGACCGCGUCCAACUCACGCUUUGGUUCCAUUCUUAGGUGAGUUAAUCAUUUUUUUCUGUUUCAUUCUCCUGAAAAGUUACCAAAGUUGAUUGCAAAAUCUUGAAAAAUCUUCAAUGUGUUUUCAGGAAUUGGCAGUGCAUCGGACGAGUUUUUGAACCAGUCGAACCGGGUGCCGAAUCGCUCUCCUCAGCAUGAGACUUUGAACGAGGCCUACGUCGAAACUUCGAACGCCGCUGAGGUAUCUUUCUAUUUUUCAAAAGAGAUUCGACCUUUUUUUAAAAAUAACAUUUUAAAAAAAUUGUAUAAGCAUUUUUCAUUAUGAGAACAUUUCAAAAGUAUUUAAUCUCAAAUAAUCUAAAUUUCCUAUUUGAAUUUGCAAAAAAAUUCAGUAUUUUUUUGAGUAAAGUUCUAUCUAAUAGUUGUAUUUCCGUUUCAAGCUAACUGUUGAGUUUAAGGAACACGGUUCGAGCCACGACUCCAACCUGCCGAUGGCCGUUCUGCCGUCGGCAGGCGGAGCUGAUCCUUCUGCGGAGGCGACGUCGACUCAUGUAAGUCACUCCGAUUUUUUCUAAUUUGAAAUUAAUAUAACGUCUUGCUGAAAAGGUUUUGAAAAUGGAAUUUCACGUAAGUUCCUUACUCGGCUUGAAAAGGCGAAGGAAAAUAGACUAUUCAAUCUGCUGCAGAUUAGGAUCUCUGCAGAAUUUUUCGAAGAGCCUCGGAAGCCUUGUAGAACAAAAUUUGCUUGAUUUUUCAAAAAAUGUUCUGCCCAAAGACUCUUGUGAAAUUUUUCGAAUGCUGUCCAUUAUUUUUCUCUUGAUUUCUAUUAAUUUUUUUCAAGGGAAACGACGGUGUCGGCGAGGAAAAUGACAAUCCUGCACCGGCUGCUGGUCAGGAAGACCGCGGGAAUGACGAUGGCCGCGAGCAAAACUGA